AUGGAUACUAGUCAAAUCAUUUUAUUGGAAGAUGAAUUGAAUGAUUGUAUAGCUGAUCAACAAGAGGAGGCUCAAAUAGAACCUACUCAUGGAAGCCCAAAAAAUUCAAAUACUCCAAGUAGACAUAGCAAGGAAAUUGUAGAAGUACCAGAAAUUGUAUUGGAAGAUGAAUUCAUUGGUUGGAUAGUUGAUCAACAAGAGGAGACUAAAGUAGAACCUACUCUUGGAAGCCCAAACAAAUCAAAUACUCCAACAAUUGGCAUGAAAUUUGAUUGUGAUGAGAGUGCAUAUGAAUUUUACAAAGAAUAUGCUCACCGAAUUGGCUUUAGUGUACGGAAACAUUUUGUAAAGCGAGGAAAUGCAGGGCAAAUUAUAAGGAGAACAUUUAGUUGCUCAAAAGAGGGUGAACGAGCUGUUGACAAACGUCACGAAAAUGCAUCUUAUCGUCGUCCAAUUUCACGAAUAGGUUGUUUAGCACAGAUGACUUGUCAUCUUCAAAAGGAUGGUAUGUUACAUGUUGUUUCUUUUCAUGGUCAACAUAGUCAUGAGUUUGCUCCUUCACCAAUGAAACAUAUGUUAAGAUCGAAGAGAAAAAAUUCAUCUGCUCAAAAAGCCAUUGCAAAUGAUGUAGAGAGGUCUGGAAUAUCAAUUAAACAAACCAUUGAAUUAUUGAGCAUGCAAGCUGGGGGUCGUGAAAAUCUUGGGUUUAUGGAUGUUGACUAUAAGAAUCAUGUACAUAAUGAGAGGAGGAUGGAUUUGAGGAAAGGAGAUGGACCUGCUAUGAUGGAGUACUUUCAUAAGAUGCAAUUGGCAGAUCCAUCUUAUUUUUAUUCAAUACAAGUUGAUGAUGAUGGUCAAAUCAUGAACAUUUUUUGGGCUGAUGCUAGAUCAAUAGUUGAUUACGGGCACUUUGGAAAGCAGCCAAGAACUAUACUUACAGAUCAAUCUGCUGCAAUGGCUAAAGCAAUAAUAGAGAAUGCUGCUAAGAAUCUACAUCAUGUAUUUCAUUCAUCUAAGUAUUUUGCAAAUGAUUUUACUGAUUGUUUGUAUGAGUAUGAAGAUGAAGAUGAAUGGCUUGUUUCAUGGGAUUAUAUGUUUAAGGAAUAUGGUCUUACUGAUAAUAAAUGGUUAUGUAGCAUAUUUGAUGUGAAAGAAAAAUGGGCUAUGGUAUAUGGUCGACAUAUGUUCACUGCUGAUAUGAAAAGCACCCAACGUAGUGAAUCAAUAAACAAUGUGUUGAAGAAAUACUUGAAACCAAAACAUGAUUGUGUGCGCUUUUCAGGACAUUACUCUAGAGUUUUGGUUGAUAAGAGACAUCAAGAACUACAGGCAGAGUUCAAAAUGAGGCAAACAAAACCGAUUUUACAAUCUAAUGUAGAGAUGUUGAGACAUGUUAUGGAGCUGUACACCCUAGAAAUUUUUCAAAUGUUUCAAGAUGAAUAUAUGAAGAUUGCUGAUUGUACUAUAUACAAGGCUAAUAAAUCUGAUACUAUCACAGAAUACAAGUUGCAAGAAGUUCAGCUUUGUAGGAAUUCUUUGUGCCCAUGCUUUGAAAGUUCUUGA